UUACAAUACAUCCAUUCCUUUAAAUCAAACUCUCGCCAUGUCCGACUCCAAAGCCUUAAAGGUGUUUAUCCAACAGCCGGUAAACAAACAGAUGAUUGAAGCCUUGGUGGUGGCUACUCUUACCGUGCUCCCAUGUCAAGGUGAAUUUCAGAAAUCCGCCUACCCCUCUCCCCCAGCCUCUCCUUCAGGACAGAGAAACCUUCCCUCCUUACACACUUUUAUUACCAAGUUGGUGAAGGAAACUCACGUUUACACCGGUACAUUGAUGGCCACUCUUGUCUACUUAGGAAGAUUAAGAACCUUGUUGCCAGCCAAUGCUGAGGGUUUGCCGUGUACCAGACACCGUAUCUUCUUGGCCUGUUUGGUUUUGUCUGCCAAAUUCCACAAUGACUCCUCUCCAAAGAACAAGCACUGGGCCAAAUAUACAGGCUUGUUUGAGGUUUCUGAUAUUAACUUGAUGGAAAGACAGCUAUUGUAUCUCUUGAAUUGGGACUUGAGAGUGCAAGACAAUGAGUUGUACUUCCACUUGAAAGAAUUCUUGGACCCGAUCAGACAAGACAUGUCUCAGGCAAAGCGCUUGAAGAAGUCAGUUUACAAGCCGCAAAAGCAAGUUCAAAAGUUAGAGCAACCAGCUAGCCAUUUGUUACCUCCUGUUGUCAUUCAACCUGCUCUCCAAAAGCACGCCUUCUCCCCAUCUAUGGCCAUUACUCCUGUUGUUUGCUGUAUGGAGACGUAUCCCCUCUCCUCGCAAGCGUAUUAUGCUCUCGAUUUUACUCCACAAGGUGUCAGCCACCAUUAUGCCACGAUUUCAUCCGCUUCCCAGUGUCUCGGUUCUGAGUUUUCCUGUGCUUCUCUGAGAUCCUCUAUCUCGUCCGUCUCCUCCAUCGAGGAAGAAGAAGCCUUUAUGGCUUCUCAACUCUACGCCUAUCAACCACAGCAUGGCGACUUGCACGCUGGACAGGUGUAUUCAAAGCCUGGUUAUUGUCAAGACCCGCAGUAUUACCAGUACCAGCCGCAAUACUAUAACACGAGUCUCCCAACUAUGCUUAAUGCCACUCCCAUUCACUCUGGCUAUUUUUAAACUUGCAUGAAGUUUUAUCUUUAUUGCCCGAACGCCUUUAGCGUUCUCAUUCUCUUGCAUCUCUUUUUGUUUACUUUGGAUAUAAUACGGUUAUUUUGCAGUGCAUUUUCUUAUAUAUUACAUGGGAAAUUUUAAU